AUGGAAGACUCCGUCCGCGAGUGGAUCGUUGAGAACCUGGCGCUCUUCCUCGACGAAGAGACCCGCCCGCAGCUAGACAUCCGUCAUCUCUACACCUUGCAGCAGUACAAGUCGACCACGGACCCGAGGAUAUGGCGAGAGUUGAGAAAGGAGGCGCGGAGAUCGAUCAGUGCUCGUCAAACGGACCUGUCGGACAGCUUCUCCUCGUUGAACAAGUCCUUGUCUGAGAGUGUGGGCUCGGAGAACUUCCAAGGGAUCGCGGAAUGCAGGGCAGAGGAGCACUCGACCCCGUCAUCGAAGCCCAGGAGGACGAGGAGGAGCAGGAAGUCGAACAGCUACAACGUGGAGCAGGAGGAAGGGGUGCUUGAGGUCAGCAGGGACAUGAGGGGAAUCUUCGACUCGAGCCCUUCUUGCGCGGUGAUCAACACCGAGCAUCAGGUGUCGAGGGGUGCAGAGGAGUCACCCAAGAUUGCCUUCGAGGAGAAGGAGGGGAAGGCGAUGGAGGGGAAGGAUGUCGUGCCAGAGUACGUGGACACGGAGAGCCUGGCAGUGGGGUCGUUGCUGGUGACAAGCGACUCGUCGCUGAGCAACUCCAUGACGCAACUUCACCUCUCCUCCUCCUCCUCCGUCUCUCCUCUCAUCGAGGAGCGAUGUUGGUGUGAGCUCUGCGCGGACAAGGGGAAACAGCUGGAGGCAAGGCUGCAGCUCGCGUUAGAGCAGCUGGCCUCUGCCCAGCUCGAGGCCAGCGAGUGGAGGAUGCGAGCUCAGCAGGUCAAUCCGUUCGUCUCGCCCGAUCGAUCGGAGCAAAGGCAGGGGCAUGGAGGACGAUUCUUGGCGGACUCGACGCCGCCGACUCUGUCAAAGAGCCUGAGCUCGCCCAUGGUCAAGACCCUCACUGAGACGAUCUCGGCAGAGGCGUCAAGUAUCGAGAUGCUCACGAAGGCGCUGCUGGAGGACUGGUUGCCGUGGGAAGGAAAGAGAGGGCAGGAGAGAGGAGGGAGAUGUGAGAGGGUGAAAGACCUGAAGAAGGAUAUUAACGCAGUCACCUCCCUCGUGUCUAAGCCCCGUCGAGAUGAACUUCGCAAGAUGCUGGAUCAGUUGGGUGCCCAUCAGGAUUUUUUGGGCUCGCUAGCUGUGGAAAUGAAAGGGGUGGAGUGGAGCGAGAAGGAGAAAGAGUUUGAGCUUUACACCUCAAAGCUCUUGAAUCUGACGGGGUGA